CCACAGACAGCUCCCCACCUAUCUUCCGCCUAUCAUUCCGAGCAUCGCAGUGCGGAAGACGCUACCGCGGCCGGCAAGCGCAGCAAGACCUUUGGCGAUUCUCGUCGAGACUCUCACCACCGAGGUUAUAGAAACUACUACCAGUGCCGCCGCCAUGAGGCUCUCUUCUUCAGCUCCCGCUGCCCUUCGCUCUGCGACCAACCCCACACGUCUCUCCAGCCGCAGCUUUGCAACUCGUGCCCUUACGAGCCAGACUUGUGCGAAAUCGGCUCUGUUCUCGACGGCGCGACGAACCACCACAGCCUCUCCCACAGUACCCGCAGCGCUUCUCUCCACGAACCGCUUUGCACAGCAGCUCAGGAUGGCGUCCACAGGCAUCAAGAAGAUCAAGGUGGUGAACCCGGUGGUCGAGCUCGAUGGUGACGAGAUGACUCGCAUCAUCUGGCAGACCAUCAAGGACAAGUUCAUCCACCCCUACCUCGACAUUGACCUCAAGUACUACGAUCUUGGCCUCGAGUACCGCGACCAGACCGACGACAAGGUCACCCUCGAUGCCGCCGAGGCUAUCAAGAAGUACUCGGUCGGUGUCAAGUGCGCGACCAUCACCCCCGAUGAGCAGCGUGUCGAGGAGUUCAAGCUCAAGAAGAUGUGGCUUUCGCCCAAUGGCACCAUCCGCAACCACCUCGGAGGAACCGUCUUCCGCGCGCCCAUUGUCAUCCCCCGCGUGCCCCGCCUGGUACCCAGCUGGAAGCAGCCCAUCAUCAUCGGCCGUCACGCGUUCGGUGACCAGUACCGCGCCAAGGACCGCGUCAUUGAGGGCGAGGGCACUCUUGAGAUGGUCUUCACUCCCAAGGGCGGCAAGCCCGAGACCAUCAAGGUCUACGACUUCCCCUCCGGCGGCGGUGUCGCCCAGACUCAGUACAACACCACCGAGUCCAUCUCCGGCUUCGCACACGCCUCCAUGAAGCUGGCGCUCGACAAGAAGCUGCCCUUGUACAUGAGCACCAAGAACACCAUCCUCAAGGCCUACGACGGCAAGUUCAAGGACACCUUCCAGGAGAUCUACGACGGCCAGUACAAGAAGGACUUCGAGGCCGCCGGUAUCUGGUACGAGCACCGUCUGAUUGACGACAUGGUUGCCCAGAUGAUCAAGAGCGAGGGUGGCUACAUCAUUGCCAUGAAGAACUACGAUGGUGACGUCCAGUCCGACAUUGUCGCCCAGGGUUUCGGCUCUCUUGGUCUCAUGACCUCCGUCCUCAUCACCCCCGACGGCAAGACCUUCGAGGCCGAGGCCGCCCACGGCACUGUCACUCGCCACUACCGCGAGCACCAGAAGGGCAACGAGACAUCCACCAACCCCAUUGCCUCGAUCUAUGCCUGGACACAGGGUCUUACCAAGCGUGGUGAGCUCGACAACACACCUGAGCUUGUCGUCUUCGCCGAGCAGCUCGAGAAGGCCUGCGUUGACACCGUUGACAUCGAUGGUAUCAUGACCAAGGAUCUUGCGCUUGCAUGCGGCAAGAAGGACAGGGGCAGCUGGGUCACAACGAACGAGUACCUUGAUGCCGUCGAGAGGAGGCUCAAGACUAGCUUGAAGGAGAAGUUGUAGUUGCAAGUAAAAAGGAAGCGAUGAGCAUGUUGAGCGAUAUUUUGAACUAGCUGGUAGAUAUCGGCAUUGUGAAUGGAGUUCUGGCUUACUCUACCCAGGGAA